AUGGUGGCGGUAGUAGAUACAUCAUAUUAUGACGCUCUCGGCGUCCAGCCAACGGCUACCGAGCUUGAGAUCAAGAAGGCGUAUCGCAAACUUGCUAUCGUCCAUCAUCCAGACAAGAACCCAAACGAUCCAACUGCCCACGAGAAGUUUCAGACCAUCGGCGAAGCUUACCAGGUGCUCUCGGACCCCGACCUAAGGAAAGCAUACGAUAAAUAUGGAAAAGACAGUGCUAAGCCCACCGAGGGCUUCGUUGACCCCGCUGAGUUCUUUAGUAGUAUUUUUGGCGGCGACGCCUUCGUCGACUGGAUUGGCGAGAUUAGUCUUAUGAAGGAUCUCACUACUACUAUGGAUAUUACUAUGGCAGGCGAGGAGGAAGGAGAGGAGGCAGAAUUCCCUGGUACUGAGGAAGCCAUACGCGAGAGCGUAAAAACAACUACUACCGAUGCUACCGGUACUGCUAGUGCGCCAGCGCCUGCUGUCGUCGUCGAAGAAGAACCUGAAAAGCCAGCUGCCGAAGCACAUCACGACGUUUCUGCGGAUAAGCCAUCGGUACCCUCACGCGGGGCUUCUCCAAGCCCUACUACUUCUGGUUUAGCGACACCCCUUUCUGGCACAUCGACACCCUCGAGACAUGCGAUUCCCAUCCGGCCCGCGCUCAUGGACCGCCCGUCGGAUGAUACACAGUUGACAGGACAGACAGAAGAGGAGAGAGAACUACGCAAGAAAGAAAAAAAGAAGGGAUUAUCUAAAGAGCAACGGGACCAGCUGGCCGCCUUCGAGAGGGAGCGCGCCAAAAUUCGACAAGAGCGUGUCGACACUCUCGCCUCAAAGCUUAUCGAUCGUAUAUCAGUAUGGACAGAGACAGAUAAAGGCCCUGACGUCACCAAGGCCUUCCAGGACCAGAUCCGUCUUGAGGUGGAAAAUCUCAAGAUGGAGAGUUUCGGACUCGACAUUUUACAUGCCAUUGGUGCCGUAUACAUGUCGAAAGCCACAGCACUCCUCAAGUCGCAGAAGUUCCUCGGCAUCGGGGGCUUCUUUAGCCGUAUGAAGGACAAGGGAACUCUGGUAAAGGAGACCUGGAACACUAUAUCGUCGGCCAUCGACGCUCAGCAAACCAUGGAGGAAAUGGCGCGUAUGGAGCAGGCUGGUGGCGAGGACUGGACCGACGAGAAGAAGGUCGAGUACGAGCGUAGAGUUACUGGAAAAAUCCUCACGGCCGCGUGGCGCGGUAGCAAGUUUGAAAUCCAGAGCGUGCUACGUGAGGUUUGCGACAGUGUUCUCCAUGAUAAGAAGGUACCCCUAAAUAAGCGUUUAGAGAGAGCAGAGGCGCUUGUUAUUAUUGCGGAUAUUUGUCAGAAGGCCCAGAGAACAGAGGAGGAAGGCGAGUAUAUGGCAUUCGAGCAACUGGUAGCCGAAGCAGCUAUCAAGAAGGAAAAAGAAAAGGACUCGAAGAAGAAGGGAAAAGACAAGGAUAACAAGAAGGUCGAUGCACACAAGGAAUAG